AUGAGGGACGUGCCUGGCUCUGGGUACCGGCGCAGCCUCGUCCAUCUAGCCUGGAUGUGCCUGUUCUCCUGGGUGCCGCACAGCGAGGCCAAGGUGCUGGAGAAGACCUUCGAGGAGUGGAUGCGGUACCGGGACGAGUGCCUGAGGAGGAUGGCGAGUGAGCCCUACCCGGCAGGGCUCUUCUGCAACCGGACGUUUGACAUGUACGCCUGUUGGCCUGAUGGGAGCCCUGGCACUGCUGUCAACGUCUCCUGCCCCUUCUACCUGCCCUGGUUUGAGAAAGUGAAGCACGGGCUGGUGAGCAGGCGGUGCGGCCCCGACGGGCAGUGGGUGACGGUGAACGGCAGCAGCCAGCCCUGGAGAGACUACUCACAGUGUGAGGAGGAGGUGGAGUCCAGCAUGGAGGAGGAGGGUGCCCGCCGGCUGAUGGUGAGCUUCAGGGUGCUCUACACCGUGGGGUACUCGCUGUCGCUCCUCACCCUCAUCUCUGCCCUGCUCGUCCUCACUGUCUUCAGGAAGCUUCGCUGCACCAGGAAUUACAUCCAUGCCAACCUCUUUGCCUCCUUCGGGCUGCGGGCGACCUCGGUGAUGGUGAAGGACGCGCUGCUGGAGAAGCACUGGGGCGUGGAGGUGCUGCAGGUGGCAGACUGGGAGGCCCUGCUGAGCCACCAGGCGGCGCUGGGCUGCCGGGCAGCGCAGGUGCUGAUGCAGUACUGCAUCCUGGCCAACCACUACUGGUUCCUGGUGGAAGCUGUCUACCUCUACAAGCUGCUGAUCGGGGCUGUCUUCUCUGAGAAGAAUUACUACAGGCUCUACCUCUACUUGGGAUGGGGGACCCCCGUGGUGUUCGUGGUGCCCUGGGUGGCCGCCAAGUACCUGAAGGAGAACGCGGAGUGCUGGGCGCUGAACGAGAACAUGGCUUAUUGGUGGAUCAUCCGCAUCCCCAUCCUGCUCGCCUCCCUGAUCAACCUGCUGAUCUUCAUGAGGAUUCUCAAGGUGAUCCUGGCCAAGCUCCGUGCCAACCAGAAGGGCUACGCAGACUACAAGCUGCGGCUGGCCAAAGCCACCCUCACCCUCAUCCCCCUCUUUGGGAUCCACGAGGUUGUCUUCAUCUUCGCCACCGACGAGCAAACCACGGGCAUCCUGCGCUACGUCAAGGUGUUCUUCACCCUCUUCCUCAACUCCUUCCAGGGCUUCUUGGUGGCCGUGCUCUACUGCUUUGCCAACAAGGAGGUGAAGUCAGAGAUGAAGAAGAAGUGGCAGCUCUGGAAGCUUGACCACCCGGCGCUCUGCUGUGCCCAGUGA